AUGCGAGCAGUGUGCUCGUUGCCGCCGCUCGCACCGGCACUAUAUGCUUUCGGCGAUUCGUUGUUGGACAGUGGCAACAACAACCUACUGCCCACCCUCACCAAGGUCAAUUACCUCCCUUACGGCGACAAUUUCCCGAGAGGCGCCACCGGAAGGUUCACCAACGGGAGGACAGUCGCCGACGUCCUCGCUGAAUUUCUGGGGCUGCCUUAUCCACCGCCAUACCUUAGUUUUAAGACAUCAGGAGUGAUCACCGGACUGAAUUUCGCGUCCGGGGCAUGUGGCAUUCUCCCUGAAACAGGAAGCUACUUGGGCAAAUGUCUUAGUCUGGAUGACCAAGUAAGUUUUUUUGAGAGUUAUGCUGCCAAUGACUUACCGAGACUCUUCAAGAGUUCCGAUGAGUUCUCCGGCUAUUUGGCCAAGUCGAUCUUCACCUUCUGGAUCGGCAGCAACGACUACCUCAGCAACUACCUGAAUCCAACACUCUACAGCACGAGCAAAACCUACGAGCCUCGGCCGUUCGCGAAGCUCCUCGUUGCUUUGCUUUCUCAGCAUCUUGAGAGAUUAUAUGAUGUGGGAGCGAGAAAGUUUGUUGUCAAUGAGAUUGGCCCGAUCGGUUGCAUCCCAUCAGUGGCGAAGCAAUCGAACCACGACGGAAUAUGUGACGGAGGACCGAACUUGCUAGUUUCCUACUUCAAUGAGAUGCUCCAACCGAUGCUAGACAACAUGACAUCCAGUCUCGCAGGAUCAAUGUUCGUUCUCGGUCGAGGGAAUGGGCUUGGCUAUGAUGCAGUAACCAAUCCCUCCAAAUACGGCUUGACGGACUCGAGAAACCCUUGCUGCACAACGUGGGGAAAUGGAACUUUGACGUGCAUUCCGGCGCUGACCCCAUGCCCUGAUGUCAAUAAACACUUUUUUUGGGAUGGAUAUCAUCCGACGGACGUGGUGUCCUCGAUCAUAGCUUCCCGGUGUUUCAACGACACAAACAUUUGUUCUCCAGUCAGCAUACAAGACCUGGUGAAGAUAUGA